CUCAAAUUUUGUGUCGGUCCUUUUUGCUCUUUCCCCCAAAAUAGCAAAGAAAAAAAAAUCCUAGAGAGAGAGAGUUUUAGAGAGAGGGAAAAAAACAUGUCGGACGAGGAACACCAUUUUGAGUCAAAGGCAGAUGCAGGUGCCUCUAAAACUUUUCCUCAACAAGCUGGUACCAUUCGUAAGAAUGGUUACUUAGUCAUCAAAGGCCGUCCUUGCAAGGUUGUUGAGGUUUCUACUUCAAAAACUGGCAAGCACGGACAUGCGAAAUGUCACUUUGUGGCAAUUGACAUUUUCAAUGGAAAGAAACUUGAAGAUAUUGUUCCGUCCUCCCACAACUGUGACGUGCCACAUGUCAAUCGUACUGACUAUCAGCUUAUUGACAUCUCUGAAGAUGGUUUUGUCUCCCUUCUUACUGAUAGUGGAAACACCAAAGAUGACCUCAGGCUUCCCACCGAUGAAAAUCUGCUGAAGCAGGUUAAAGAUGGGUUCCAGGAAGGAAAGGAUCUUGUGUUGUCUGUAAUGUCUGCAAUGGGCGAAGAGCAGAUCAAUGCCGUUAAGGACAUUGGUACCAAGAACUAGUUGUGCCUCUGCAACAUAAAUAUUUGCUAUAGUUAAGACAUUAUUAUAUCCUAACGUGGUACUUCGAUAUCACUAGAUUUUAAACUCGGGUUAAAUUCUCAGAUUGAGAUUGGUUUGAAUCUUGUUAUUUGCACUGUGCAAACAAAAGAUACAAGACAAUUGCUGCUGUGGCUUGGGAAUGAAUUAAUUGGCUUUCAGUUCU